AAUUCCAAUAGCGUUUUUAAUUGCCUGUAAAUAUAAAACCAAAUCAAUCCCAGCUUAAAAACCUGUUAACCUAAAAAUACUCUCUCCACCUCUAUCUCUCCCUCUCUCUCUCUCUCUCUCUCUUUCUCUCUCUCUCUCUCUCUUUCUCUUCAUCCUCCGGCCACCGCGGAAAUCCUCCUCCGACACCGUUUUCUCUAUCUUAACAUCCAUCUGUUUGUUUCGCGGAAAAUUCCUGAGCUUCCCAUCCGUUCCCGCGGUUCUGGACAUCUGUCUUUGAGAAUCAAAUUCUCUUGCCGUCGGCUAACAGGCGGUGAGGAUGUCGACUCCCUCAAGGAAGAGACUGAUGAGGGAUUUCAAGAGGUUGCAACAGGAUCCUCCUGCUGGUAUAAGCGGUGCCCCUCAAGACAACAAUAUUAUGCUUUGGAAUGCUGUUAUAUUUGGGCCCGAUGACACCCCAUGGGAUGGAGGUACGUUUAAGUUGACACUCCAAUUCACAGAGGACUAUCCAAAUAAGCCACCAACUGUGCGUUUCGUUUCUCGAAUGUUUCAUCCAAAUAUUUAUGCGGAUGGAAGCAUUUGUUUGGACAUCCUACAGAAUCAGUGGAGCCCUAUCUAUGAUGUAGCAGCUAUACUUACCUCCAUUCAGUCUUUGCUGUGUGAUCCAAACCCAAACUCUCCAGCAAAUUCAGAAGCCGCACGGAUGUUUAGCGAGAACAAGCGUGAAUACAAUAGGAGAGUCCGCGAGAUUGUGGAGCAGAGUUGGACUGCCGAUUAAAAUGCAGACUCCUGAUGGAGAGCUUUCGAAGAUCAGUUGAAUCAGCCUCUGUUUAAAUAACUUUGAAAUUUGAAAACCAUUUGUGUUGUGAAGAACUCAGCUUUCCGAUCUUGUGAAAUAUUUUGCUUGGUCUUUUAAUUCAGUGGCGUUUAGGCCUCGUAUAUCUAAUACGUUGGACCACCUGCCUUGCAGUUUUCUUCCAUCUAAAACUGCAUUUAAUUUUGCUCUAUCAUAUCAUGUAGACUGGGGUAUGAAGUAAAUAUUGAUAUGCAUUUGCUGUAUA